AUGAAUCCUCAGCUCGUGUUGCCGACCACGUUUGCACGGCGUCAAGCCACGCUCGCUUCACUUCUGACACCUGCAGCAACUCUGCCUGUUUCUGUCUCUCAUCUCGAGAUUCAAUGCCUACUGACGUCGCCAAGUUUGCCCUUGCCUCGUGUUACUGUCGUUGGCCGUCGUCCAUUCAGCCCAUGGGCACCAGCAUGCCGCCAUCUGCCGUUGACUUGCCUCAUCUCAAGACAUACAAUGCCAUCUUGGACCGCUACACCUUGGAAGAGGUUUCAACGGGAGAAGGCACGGUACGACCACGACCAUAUCCUCUAUUCCUGUUACACAAGCAGAGGAGUCCUUGCCUAUCUACCUAGCAGGCGCGCAAGACCGUCCAGAUGGUCUGUUCCUUGCCCGCAGGCGUACACAGGCCUCAGGCCAUGGGGUGGAGGAGGGACCUUGAAGCAAGUGAUAGGAGACUUGUAA